ACUGCGGCGUGGGACUUAUGGACUGCGGCGUGGGAACUUGUGACAGCGGCGAGGGACCCUCGCAUCUUUUUCAAACCGUGGGGUGCUCCAUUUACCGAUAGUUCAAAGCUGAUAUACAUGAUAGAUGCCGUGAUUAACGCCCCAAUAUCCGCACCCCUGACUCAGCCCAUCUAUGGAAGCUUCAUCAUUUGUAUACACAUUUAUUUAACACUUCUGGAAUACCGGAGAACAACCUCAAUAUAUAUACCGAUGAGCAGCUCGACUGCGCAAUAAAUUGUUGUUUGAAAAAAUGAAA